AUGCCAUUAAUAGUAAAUGAAGUACCACAUGAUCAUUGUUCAAAUGUUUCUCGUGAGAAAUUUUUUCAAAUAUGGUCUCAUAAAGCAGCUAAUAUAUCUAAUGAUCUAAUUGAAUAUACAAUUCGACGUAUGCAAAGUGAUCGUCUUCGUUUUCUAUUUCAAACACGUAAUAAAUUAACUGAAGAAGAACAUAUUGUACCUAUUUGUCAAUUAUCAUUACAUACAGAAGAUGAUUUACAAAGAAUAAAAGAAUAUAUACGUCGUUUUUGUUUAACAACACGAAAUGUUUAUCGUCAUUUACGUUCCGAUUCACGUAUAUAUCCGAAAAUGUCUAUUGAUUUAGAUCAAGGUAUAAUGAUAAAAAUUUGUCGAUUUAUAUUUAAAACAAAAGUUUUAAUUCAAAUACUUUUAAAACAACAACAUUUAAGUGAACAACAACAUGAACAAUUAAAAAAGUAUAAAAUAAAACAAUUUGAAUUCAAUGAUCCGUAUAAAAAUAUUACAAAAGCAUUUAUUGUAUUACAAUCAAAUUUCCAAAUACUUUUUGGUGAUAUAUUAGAUAAAGAUUUUUUUCAAAAUGCUAAAACAGCUGUUCAAACACUUCCAAUUCUAUUGGAUACGAGUAAAACAAUUCGAUUAAUUUUCUGUACAUUAUAUAAACUAAGUGAGCCUGAACGUCAGGCGGAAGCAGAAGCUAUUCGUCAACGUCGAUUACAGAUUUGUUCUCGUGGAUAUGGAACAAAAAAGCAAGGAAUCAUAUCUUCGAAUAUUCCUAUAAAAAAUGAAGGUCAUCAAAAUCUUAAGACUACGAGUGAAAUAUUUAAAAACGUUCAACCACAAACUACACAGACUUCAACAAGUAAACCUACUAAAACGCAAUUAUCGCCUUCGAAAACAAUUUCAAAUACUAAAUCAAAAGAUCAUCAAAAAACUAAAACAACCGAAAGUUCUAAAAAACUUCGAUCAUCAAAAUCUCAACAAAAUAGUCCGAAUACAACAACUUCAGAUACAAGUAAACAUCGACCAGUACCAUCAUCACCUACACUCAAACGAAAAAAUGAUUCACCAAAAAAAACUUCAACAAAACAGCAAAAAAAAACAAAACAUACAACUGUGAAACAAACGAAUGAAAAAAAAUCGAAAAAUAAAAAUCAAAAUACAUCAACAACAACAACCUAUUCAACUUCAUCACUUCAGUACAAUGAAAAUACUGAUCCGAUACAACUAUUAAGUCGCGAAAAAUUCAGCUGCACAACAUGGUUAGAUAAUCUUACAUUAAAUCUUCCAACAGAGAUUAAUAAUAAUACAAAUUCAUCAAAACCAUUAUUAACAACAUGGGCUUCACUUAAUCGAAUAUCAAACAACAUGUAA